AUGCACCAGAAAACAAAGACAUUCACAAGAGCCCAUGUUGAUGAGGAUCUGAGUCAGUAUGUCAGUAUGUUUGCUUUUGUAGGGUUUGGAUUUUUGCAGGUGAGCAAAAAAAACAAGAAAAAGAGAGUUUUCAUUGAAAGAGAGAGGGAACAAGGUCAUGAUCGUUUGUGGAACGAUUACUUCAGUGACAAUCCAACCUACCCGGCAAAUCUAUUCAGGCGACGGUUUAGGAUGAACAAACCAUGGUUCUUACGUAUUGUAGAUCGUCUUUCAAAUGAAGUUCCUUACUUCCGGCAGAAGAAAGAUGCACUCGGACGGCUUGGUCUCUCUGCACUUCAGAAGUGCACAGCAGCAAUACGUAUCUUGGCAUAUGGCAAUGCUCUUGAUGAGGUUGAUGAGUACCUACGACUCGGUGCAACAACUGCUCGUUUGUGUUUAGAAAAUUUUGUCGACGGAAUUAUAAUGCUAUUUGGAGAUGAGUACCUACGACGCCCCACACCGGAAGAUCUUGAAAGAUUACUCUAUUAUGGAGAGCAACGGGGAUUUCCCGGGAUGAUCGGAAGCAUUGACUGCAUGCACUGGGAAUGGAAGAAUUGUCCCACCGCUUGGAAAGGCCAAUAUGCACGUGGCCAUGGAAAGCCCACUAUCGUUUUAGAAGCGGUGGCCUCAUAUGAUCUUUGGAUAUGGCAUGCGUUUUUUGGAUCUCCAGGUACGUUAAAUGAUAUCAAUAUUCUGGAUCGGUCACCCGUCUUUGAUGAUUUUAUAAAUGGUCGAGCUCCGAAAGUAAAUUUUACCGUCAACGGAAGAGAGUAUCAUUUGGCUUACUAUCUCACUGACGGGAUUUAUCCAAAGUGGGCUACGUUUGUCCCAUCUAUUCCACUUCCUCAGGGUUCUAAACCAUCUUUAUUUGCCCUAUAUCAAGAGUCUACCCGAAAAGAUGUUGAGCGUGCUUUUGGCGUAUUACAAUCUCGGUUUGCUAUUAUUAAAAAUCCGGCUAAUUAUUGGGAUAAAGGAAAAAUAGGUCAGAUUAUGAGAUCUUGUAUUAUACUCCAUAAUAUGAUAGUCGAAGAUGAACGAGAUGGAUACGGUGGAUUACUCAUACUCUACAAGUCUUCAUACCAAUAUUAAUAUUGCUGAGAUGAUGGAAGUUCAAAACAAAUAAAGGAUGGCAAACAACAUCACAAUUUGAAAAAAGAUUUGAUGGAAAAUAUUUGGCAAAAAUUUGGAGGUCAACUAGGAAACAACUGA